CCCCACCCUCACCUUACCCAUUUCCUCCGCAUAAAAAGAUACACCUCCCCAACUAACCCAUACCUCAUGGCAAUUCAAUCACAACCGUUGAAUACGCCCCAUCUCAUCUCCUUCCUAAUCCUUGCACUGAUCGGCGGGUCCCACGCAGCGGGCAUCGCCACAUACUGGGGCCAAAACGGGAACGAAGGCACCUUAUCAGCAGCCUGCCAGACCGGUUACUACGCCGUUAUAAACAUAGCUUUCCUCCACACAUUCGGCAACGGCCAGAGACCAUUACUCAAUCUAGCAGGCCACUGCGACCCAUCAUCGAACACCUGCGCUGGCCUGACCAACGACAUCAGGUCCUGCCAGAGCCGAGGCGUUAAAAUCCUUCUCUCCCUCGGAGGCGGAGCUGGGACCUACACACUAGCCACCUCCAACGAUGCCCGGGAAGUAGGCGAGUAUCUCUGGAACAACUUCCUCGGUGGUCAGUCACCGUCCCGUCCACUCGGCAACGCUGUCCUGGAUGGAAUUGAUUUCGACAUCGAAACCGGUGGGGCCCAGCACUGGGACGAGCUGGCUCGCUACCUCUCAGAGAAGAGCCAGCAAGGGAGAAAGGUCUACUUAUCAGCAGCCCCACAGUGUCCAUACCCCGACUCGCACCUCGGGCCUGCACUCGACACAGGCCUCUUCGACUACGUUUGGGUACAAUUCUAUAAUAAUCCACCAUGCCAAUACGCAGGUGGGAUCGAUAAUCUUGUGAAUUCUUGGAACCAGUGGACUUCGUCAGUGAAGGCAGGCCAGAUCUUCUUGGGUCUGCCUGCAGCGCCUGAGGCAGCUCCCAGCGGCGGGUUCAUCGCUGCAGCGAUAGUUACCGCUCAAGUGCUCCCAGCAAUCAAGGCCUCACCCAAGUAUGGCGGUGUCAUGUUGUGGUCUAGAUACUACGAUAAUCUCACUGGAUACAGCUCCUCCAUUAGAAGUGCUGUUUGAGCUUUGAAUGUCUGUUUCCCGGUUUCAAAAAUCAUACAAUUAAGGACUCUGCUGACUCAUCCGCACCGUUGGUAUAUGAUACAGUAAAUAAAUGAAAAUGGUUAAAGUUGCAGAUAUUAGUAGCUAUUGCAGAUUGAAGUUAUGUGAUUUCUCAAAAAAUGGUUUUUGAUAAAAGCCAUUUUUGUGCAAUACAAUUUGAGAGUGUUGAGUUGUUUGUGGA